AUGCCACCACCAAUGAGUCCUGCUGUACUCACCACAGACAAAACACCACUCUUGUUCUGCAGCCCAGGCGACCCAAGCAUCUGUUCAGAUACCGUUGAGAGCUCUUUGACAGGGCAAAAUACUCUUGACUUGCCAAAUCUUUGGCCACAAGGCACACAUCUUCGAGUCAAGAUACUACAACCGCAACACGUUCAUCCUGGAGUCAAGAGAAUCAUCGAAGAUGCUGUCAAAACUUGGUCAAGUUCACUAUCUGAAUCUAUUAAUGUCCAGUGGGUUCAAUCACAUGAAAGUGCAGAGAUUCGAAUAUCGAUCACGAAUGACGCGCCGAACUGGAGUGCUCUAGGCGCUAAGGCUUCUGAAAUUCAAGAUCAGAACCAGGCGACGAUGAAUGUUACACUUGAUGGCUGGAUGAAUCAGAAGAUAGACGACAUUCAGUUAUACAUUUCAAGAGUUACUGCUCAUCUGUUUGGCCACGCUCUUGGUUUACCACACCCUUCGAUCAAGUUUUCUUCGCCAUGGAACUUCACCGAGCUCGAAAAUCACUGCGGCUCGUUCUUCGCCACCGUGGUCAUGUCCUCAAAUGGUUACCCAGGCCUCUUAAACCCACUGUCCAUCAUGGCCUUUGAUCGCCCAGGCAUCCUAGGCUCGGGCGUAAACGAACACCACGGCGGUCUUAUCGUCGACAGCGAAGCUCUUGAUCUUCUCCGUCGUCUUUACCCGGCUUACAACAUCUUCUGCCCCUCCAUCGGCGUCGUAUGCACCCAAACUCUCAAGUUCAAAGGCGGGAUCCACGUGCAGCCCGCAACCCAACGCUUUCUGACUCAGAAAACUGCCAAUGUCAUCACCGGAAUUUCAUACAUCGACAUGGGCCUACACGGCAAUUUUAGGUUAACGUCUUAUCCGCACGAGAUCCAGAAGGGUUCGUCUUUUGAUGUCACACUUGGAAGUUGGCAUGAUACACACAUCUAUGACGCCAAAUGCAGCGUCAUGAGCUUUGCAGAGGAAGAUCCUCGAAUAUUGACAGGGAGUGUAGAGUCUGCAGAGCUCAGAGGUGGUAAGCUUAAUUGUUCAACGUAUGUUUACUUUCGGAGACCAUUUCGUCAGACGCCGAACGUAGUGGCCUGGGUUAGUGGGUUUGAUUUUGCCAAGGACAAAAACUUACGAAUUGAAGUCAGCGUAGACGAGGUCUCGAAUCUGGGGUUCAGGUUGCGUAUGAAUACUUGGCUUGACUCAACAGCCUACAACAUUCGCGCCACCUGGCUGGCCCACGAACAGGAUCAAUACGACAUCCGCUCCGGCACCUUCGAAACACCUCACCAUGGCCUCAUACACACACGCGAAGACAAACUACGCGUAGGAUACACAUCCCCCAUGCGCAAGAAACCAUCAAAGAUGUUCGCCGCGUUCACGUAUAUAGAUGUCGAGACCAAGACGAAUAUACGGUUGGAGACGAGGAUUGAAGGUUGGAAUGAGAGGUCUGCUGAGGGUUGGUUUUCGACUUGGGAGAGAGAGAGUAGGUUCUUCUGUUUGAGAGGGUGUUAUAUUGCUGUUUUGUAG